GAGGCUGGGUGUCUGGGUAAAUCAGGCUGCAGGAGGGUCAGAGAUUAGGGAGGCUCGGAGAAGCCAUUCUUGUACCAAGCAAGUGAACCCCCUAAACCGCGGUUUUGAGGAUUUCUUCUUCCUACCUAGGACUUUCAUUUUUGCAAGAACCUUGGUGACGGCCUCCAGUGAAGCCCGGGCCGGCUGCAGGCAUGGCUGUCGGGGAGGCGGCGGCUAGCCGCUGGUUGCAGCGCUUCCUGUGGCCGCUUCUGCCUCUGUGGUGCUGCGUGUCCCCCGCAGAUUUCUUGAAGGUGGAGAUGGAAGGGAAGAAUCAAACUGUGUUGCUGAAUGACAAUGUCACCAUCUCCUGCAAGGUCUCUGGUUCCACACCCCUGGACAUCAACAAGUCGGGUAUUAUUUGGUAUCUGAAGCAUCAGGCGAAUGAAACAGAGCACAAGGUGUUUGUAAUGUAUGCAGACAUUCAAAAGGCAUUCAGACCCGGAGCCAGCGUGUCUCCAGCGGGGCUAGAGAAGGGGGACGUCUCACUGCACCUUCCUGGAGUCCAGCUGAGAGACGCAGGAGAGUACCGAUGUAACGUGGUGGUCACCCCCGAGGAGGCCCAGGAAACAGUCUUUCUAAAAGUUUUGGCUUCCCCAGAGUGCACCUUGUUUCAAGAACAAGCCACGGUGAAAAAUGAUGGCGACAAAUAUAUUUUGUGUAAGGCAUAUGGGUUCUAUCCAGAGGACAUUACCAUAACGUGGUAUACAUGGACCCAGAAGAACCAGGAGAUUUCUGCAGUUAUCACCACUGGUCCAGCCAUCAAGAAGGAGGACGGCACAUUUAACAUCACCAGCCGUGUGAGGCUGGAACACAACGUGACCACCUACCAAUGUGUGAUAAGUCACAGAUCCUUGCCCACCUCCUGUAGGUUGAACUUCACCCAGUUUUGGAGAGAAUCUGAGAUGGGAAAUACCUGGGGCCCUAUUGAGACUUCUUUUGUUGCUAUUGGCUGUUUUGGAGUAGUAGCAGCAGCAAUCAUUCGACUGAUUUAUUGUUACAAAAAGAGAAAGCUGCUUCUCAGGAGUCACGAUCCAGUACCACAAGAAGAGACUAAAGAUUUGGAACUUGAUGCAUUCAUGAUGUCUUCAGAUGGAGGAUGGAGUGAGGCAGUUCUUACACAGAUGGAUAACAAAAACCACAUGCUUUCUCAGAGAACGUGUAAGUAACUGACAUUACUUUUCCUGAUGACUGCCACAGCUUACUCAAGAGGAGACUGUUCAAGCUGCUUUCCUGGAUAUCCUCUGGCCAAUCAUCUCUUUCCAAGAAAAGAAGAAAGCAACACUUUACAAGAAGUUAUACAAAUGGCCAGCAUGGAUAUAAAAAGGUGCUUAACAUCGUUAAUCCUCAGGGAAAUGCAAAUCAAAACAAUGAGACAUCACUUCAUGCCUCUUGGAAUAUCUACUAUCAAAAAGACAAGAAAUAAGUAGUAGUGGCAAGGAUGUGGUGAAAAGGGAAGAUGUGGGUACUGUUAGAGGGAAUAUGCAAUAUAUUUAUAUUUUAAGAUAAAUAUAAAAAUAAGUUUUCUGAAAACAGCAUGGAAGUUCCAAAAAAAUUAAAAAUGGAACUACCGUAUGAUCCAGCAGUUUUACUUCUGGGCAUUUAUCUGAAGGAAAGGAAAAUUCAAACUUGACAAAUUAUCCGUACCUCUAUCUUUAUUGCACCAUUACUUACAAUAGCCAAGACAUGGAAUCAACUUGUGUCAUCGAUGGUUGAGGGGAUAAAGAAAAUGUGAUACACUCCUACACACACAGUCAUGUGCCACUUAACAAAGGGGAUGCAUUCUGAGAAAUAUAUUGUUAGGCAAUUUCAUUGUUGUGUUAACAUCAUUGAUUAUACUUACACAGACCUAGAUGAUAUACUAGUAGCCUAUUGCUCCUGUACAGUCAGACUGCACUAAAAUCAUAAAACAAUAUGAGACCAAAUCAAGCAGAAGAGAGAAUGAUAUCAAGAGACACAGUCAACAGGCUAGGCUGCUGCUAAUGUAACUCCACAUACUGUUUUUCAGAAAACUUAUUUUUAUAGAUAGAAAGAGUACACUCAAAAAUAGCAGUAAAAGGUCCUAGCCAGGUGGCUCAAUUGGCUGGAGUGUUGUCCCAUACACCAAAAAGGUUGUGGGUUCAAUUCCUGGCUAGGGCACAUACAUAGAAUGCAGGUUGGGGCAGGUAUAGGAGGCAACCAAUCAAUAUUUCUCUCCCAAUUCCAUGUUUUUCUCUAAAAUCAAUAAAAACAUAUUCUCAGGUGAGGAUUACAAAAAUAGCAAUAAAAGCAUAGCAUAGUAAAUACAUGAGCCAGGAAAAAUCAUUUAUAUCGUUAUCAAGUAUUUUGUAUUGUGCAUAAUUUUGUACACUUUUGUAUGACUGGCAGCACAGUAGUUUGUUUACACCAGCAUCACCACAGUAAGUCUAAUUUAAAUUCAUCACCUUGUGAAUAACUCAUUGUUAGGAUGGCUAUGACUUCCCAGGUGAUAGGAAGGUUUUUGCUCCCCUAUGAGCUAUGGGUCCACUAUUGUAUAUGUGAUCAGUCCAUUAUUCCUUGAAACAUCAUAAUGAGGCAUAUUACUGUGCACACAAUGGAAUAUUAUUUAGGCAUAACAAAAGCAAAUCUUGCAAUUUGUGACAAAGCGAUGGACCUUAACAGUAGUAUUUUAAGUGAAAUAAAAGAAAGAUCUAUAUAAUCUCACUUAUAUGUGAAUCUAAAAAAGUACCCUCCUCCCUCCCAUGAGCUCAUAGAUACAGAGAACAGAUUGGUGGUUGCUUGAGGUUGGGGACAAGAAAGGGGAGACAUGAGUGAAGGGGAUCAAAAGACUUUGAGUUUUAAA